GAUGUAUGUACCACUUGAGGUUGUGUGCGUUGUGAGUGAUUGUGCUUUCAGCUUUGCGUACUAUAAUCGUGAUGUUUACGAUUGUACCGAAUGGGCUUAUAAUUUCCUGCUAGAAAUAUUACGCGGUGGCGUCGUUUUUUUUUUUUUCUUUUCAAACAAUUAUCUGAAGCGCUUGCUAAAUUUCAAAGACUGUGGUAAAGUUGUAUUAUGCGUAAGUUAAGCACGAAAAAUAAGCGGGGGAAGUCUGAAACCAGCAGCGAAGGUGAUAAUAACGAGGAAAAUGGCGUCAGCGUUCAACCCCCCGGGAACGAAGCGUCCUCCGAUCUUGAGCGUCCAAAGACUCAAGAGAAAACCAAAAGGAGCCGUAGGUCCCACCAACAAACCGAUAGUGACGUCGAAGUCACGACAGAAACGAAAAAUGAUGACGAGAAUGGAAGCUCUAUCAAAAAACGAAGGAAAAAAUCACAGCAGCCAACCACAUCUGAAAGCAUAUCAGACAACGCAGAAUACGAAGUUCUGAAGAUUGUGGGUCAGCGAACUAUAAAAGGACGCCGACAAUUCCUGGUUCAGUGGGUGGGUUAUGAUGAAAAUGAUAAUACUUGGGAAGAUGAAAACAAUCUGGACUGUUUAGAGUUAAUACAGGAAUAUUUAGCAGAAGUUGAUGACACUUCUGACAAAUCUCCCAAAAUAUCUAAAGUAUCUAAAGAUCGCAAAAAAGGCACUAAAGACCAAACAUCUAAGUCAGGAAGCCAAUCAACACCCACCUCUCCAAUAAAAAAAAACCAAUCUGGUCGCUCGAAGGCAUCUGACAAAGAAUCCAAGAUCUCAGAAAAGAGUAAAGAAAACAAUGAGCAGAUAGGUGAAGCAGAGGAUGAAGCAGAGGAUACAGAAGAAACCAAAGAAUUUGAGGUCGAAAAAAUUAUUGAAGUUCAUUUCGACAAGAAAAAUAAAAAACGAGAUUUCUUGAUACAUUGGAAGGGCUUCAGUACAACCGAGGACUCUUGGGAACCAGAGGAAAAUCUCAAUUGUCCAGAACUGAUAGCAAAAUUCAUGAACAAGGUAGAGGCAGCCAAACAAACUGAAUUACGAGAGCUACGAACAAACCCUGCUCAUACGAAGAGAUAUACCCUGAUGUCGCACGAUUCUGGGAGAAGAAUUUCCCGCCGCAAUGUGAACAAACAACGUGCAACAUACCAUCAGUGCGACGAAUAAAAGGCAAAACAAGAUAUAUCAUUGUUCACAUUACAUAAGAGGACUAUUCAUUGGAUUUGUUUUUUUUUAAGAAUAUUUUAAAAAGAGUGUUGAUAUAAAACGUAACUGGUGGAAAUGAGAACAAAAAAAUUAUGAUUUCCUACUAUUGCUCUAUGAAUAGUGCAACGAGUAUUUUCUUUGAAGAUUGCACAAUAAUGGCUAGUACUCCCAAACACAAGCUGCUAAAAUAAUUGCAAUCGAUUUCAAUGAUGUUCUGUGUUUCCACUUUUAUAUCAUAAGGACACAUAUUUAAUGUUGUUCUAGAAACUAGAGCAUAAAGUGUAUUUAUCAUCAGUAAUUGCAUCAAGUGCAUCCGUACUUGUUUCAAUGCAAAUUCGCCUGUUUAGAUUAUGGCAGUGCUUGCCUUUGCUUGAAGGUUGAAUUGAAAUAGAAAUUAAGUUCCAAUAUUUGUUAUUCUUCGAUUAUUCUUCAUAAAUAUUGCUAUGUGUGUAAAAUUUUCAGAUAUGAUAAGAUUUGAUAUGAUCUUUGAUAUCAUUUAUGUAUUAUUUAAAACGAUAUACGUUUUUAAACAUACAUACCUACUCAUGAUAAAGUAUCUAGUAUAUCUUUUGGCGAAUUUUGUCUUCUGGUUCGAACAUAGGUUCGUUAAUUAUUUUCAAUUACAAUUCUGAACACAACAGACCAUGCGUAGCAUAAGUAAUAAGAUAAGUUUGCAAAUAUCUUAUAGACGUAGACAUUGCAUUUUACACUGAUUGUGAGUAAAAUAAUUGGAGUAAUAAAAUAGAUGCUGAUACAUGGUAUUCACAUUACAAUGUAUGCAGGUAACAAUAAAUAAUAUUAGAAGAGCAUAAAUAGUUAGUAAUUAGAAAUUAGAUUAAGUUAAGUAUAAAAAUUAAAAAACAAAAAAUUAAAGAAAUAUAUGACAAAUUUAUUACAUGAUACGAAAACCUGAAUAAUACGUGCAUAUUUAUAGUAACUUCCUCUCACCUCCAGCAAUAAAUGAAAAUAAUCGAAUAUUUUAAUAUGUUGGUAUCAUGUUGUUAUUUCUGUAGUGGUGGUUACUUUAGUAGCCAAAAUCUUUUCAAGGUAGAUUAGUGAUUUGAAGUAUUGAUAUUUCGUUGAUAUUAUUUCCUGGGUUUCCCUGGUGUGAUUUUGUAACAAGAUGUAAGAAGGAUUAUAAUGUAUAAUCAAUGUGUACAGACAUUUGGGAUAGUUUUGUACAGUUUGAUAUGGAUGAAGGUUUUCCAUGCGUAGUGAAUCUCACUCAAUAGAACCUAUUAAAGACUUUGGAACAGGAA